CCAGUCCCGUCGCGCGCCGCCGCCGCCGCCGCCGCCCCCGCGCGUAUAUAGCGCCGGCGCGCGCGGGCUCGGCACUGUCUGGCACCGGCGGCGACAGCGGCGCACGCGACGACUGACAUGAGACUGAUCUGCCUGUGGUGCGCGUUGCUGGGCGGCGCGGUGGGCGCGCGCGGUGGCGUGGUGGGCGGAGUGCCAGAAGACGGCUACUACGCGCCACAAACUUUCGCACAGGCCCCGCGCGCCAUGUUCCGGCCCGAGGACUCGCCGUGGGCCUCGUCGCAGCGCAACACUGAUGUCGUGCAGCCGUACUACGGCUCGCAGCCGCUGUUCCGGCCGACGGACGUGGCGGCGCAGGGCACGCUCGCCCCCCCCUCCUGGCGCACCGACGACUACAGAGGCCCGCCGGCCGACGAGCGGCGGGCGGAGCCCUGGCGCGCGCCGCACGUCAGCAAGGAGCAGCAAGCCGCCAUCCUGCACCACAAGCAGUCGCUGAGCUCAGAGGGCGCGUUCCGCUUCGAGUACGCGUCGGACAACGGGCUGGCGGCCGGCGAGGUGAUCGAGCCCGACGGCUCGCGCGUCGGCGCCUACCAGUACAAGGACCCCAGCGGACACCUCGUCAAGCUCAAGUACCGCGCCGGCAAGGACGGCUUCCAGAUCCUGGAGGGCAGCCACCUCCCGAAGAGUCCUGAGCCGGUCGCCCCGCCAGCGCAGAACGACUACUACACGUCUGCCUACGAGCAGCAGCGGCGGCAGUACGAGCUCCAGCAGCACUACAACCAACAGCGCGCGGAGCCGCGCCCGUGGCAGCCACAGGAGGGCGCGGCGGAGGGCGCGGGGGGAGCGCGGCGCUACUACAGCAACAACAACAACAACAACAACAACAACAACAACAACUACAGCAACAACUGGGCGGGCGAAGCGCGCGACGACGGGCAGUACCGGGAGAACGAGCUGGACGAGCAGAGUCGCGGGCCGCACUCGUUCGGCGAGGGGUACGCCUUCGCAUUCAAGGGCUGAGGCGCCCCGUGCCGCCCCGUGCCGCCCCGCGCGCCCCGCGCCGCCCCGCGCCGCCCCGUCGCGCUUACAAUAAAACCAACUUGUACCUGAUAAUAA